AUGAUAUUGCAGCUCCGGCGUCCAGCCGCCGAAAACUCGCCGGCCACCGCGAAACCCCCGUAUCCGCCGCCGGAGAGGGCCGAGUCGGCGGCGAAAUCGUGGGCGGAUCACCCAGACUACAGGCGGUGGAAGGACAGGGAGGAGGAGAUCCUGAAGGAUAUCCAGCCUAUUACGAUCCUCACCAAAUACAUCCUUCAUUCCGAUAGAUAUAUGGAUGGGGAAUGUCUAUGCCCUGAUGAUGAGAAAGAAGUUGUUGAGAAGCUUCUUGCUUAUCAUCCACGUUCAGAAGAUAAAAUUGGUUGUGGACUUGCUUCUAUUAUGGUUGAUCGACACCCAACAUUCAAAAAAUCAAGAUGCCUUUUUGUUGUGAGGACUGAUGGUGUCUGGAUAGAUUUUUCAUACCAGAAAUGCCUUCGAGCAUACAUUCGAGAGAAGUAUCCAUCUUAUGCAGAGAAAUUCAUCCGAGAACAUUUCAAACGUACUUGAAGGUUUCAGGUGAGGAUAAGCAGAAUUAGUCCUUACAUUCAAGCCUUUAUUCUAGCUGUGCUCCUUUAGCUCUUGCCAGUAUUAUGAGUUCAUGUUGCCUUUUGCUCAUCUUCAGCUCUUGGAUUGAGAAAUCGCAACGAUCUAUUGGCACAGCAAGAUAAUGCAAUGUAGAGUUUUUAAUAGUAGCGAUUCAAGCAUGAAUGAGUCGAGCUCUAGAAUUCUUAGUGUAGGAAACUUGGUGUUUAUAGUGGAAAUUACGAGUCUUCUGCUGCGUAUGAUAUUUAGUUUGUGAAUGUGACCAAUGUGAAGUUUUUAAUAUAGUAGAAAUUCAAGUAUGAAUGAGCCAAGCCCUAGAAUUCCUAGUGUAGAGAACUUGGUGUUUAAAGUGGAAAUUAUGAAUCUUCUACCGUGUAUGAUACUUAGUUUGUAGAUGUCACAAAACUUGCAAUCAUACUCAUGUUAGUAGUCCACAUACUGUCA